UUGACCGCCGAUUGGCUGCGGAAACAGUAUUUUGUGGUUCCCGUCAAAGACAAGCGCUCUCUUAACAUAGCGUUUCCCAUAACAGAUAUGUCCGCGCAUUACAGGUCAAAGCCGUACCGCUAUUUGGUACACCUUAUCGGACACGAAGGUCGGGGCAGUUUGCUGUCGGAGCUGAAGGCCAACAACUGGUGCACCACUUUGACCGCCGGAAACCUGCUUUGGUGGCCAACAGUGGGCAUAGAAUUUGAUUAUUUUGAUAUAAAUGUCGACUUAACCGAUGAUGGUAUAAAUCAUACAGAUGAUAUUAUUGCCUUAAUAUUUCAAUAUAUUACUAUGCUUAAGAGUGAAGGAAUUACACAAUGGAUUUGGGAUGAAAGCAAACAAAUGCUUGAAAUUGGUUUUCAUUAUAAAGAUAGAUCACAACCAAUUAAUUACGUGUUAAGUUUGGCCGAUAAGUUGUUGUUAUACCCGAUUGAAGAGGUAUUGCGUGUGUCUUAUCUGAUGGAUGAGUACAGACCAGAACUGAUCGCACAAUUGCUCAAUGAGUUGAGCGCCGAUCGGAUGCGAGUGAGAGUUGUGGGCAAACAGUUUGAGUCAAUCGCAGAUCGGACGGAGCGAUGGUUUGGUACCAAAUACUCACUCCAAGACAUUCCUCCGGAGAAGAUUCAGUUGUGGCUAAACAUAGGACUUAACGAUCGGUUAGCGCUUCCGCCGCCCAAUGACUUCAUUCCCUAUAAUCUAAACGUCAAACCAAUUGAAGACAACAAUCAAACAGAGCCUCAAAUUAUCAAAAACACAGGAUUUUCUCGCGUUUGGUAUUUACAGGACUUUGAAUACAGAAAACCUAAAGCCUAUUAUGCGUUCAAAUUAACAAAUCCCAUUGCAUCCGACAAUCCGCUUAAUGAAAACAUGGCCCAACUCUUCACCCGAUUAUUCCGGGAUUCAGUCAAUGAAUACUUAUAUGCGGCAGAAAUGGCCGGACUUUGGUUUAGCAUGAGCUCAGGUCUCACAGGCAUUACUUUAUAUUUUGGCGGAUAUAACGACAAAUUGAAUGCUUUGGUGACCACUAUUUUGGAUCAAUUGAUUGCAUUCAAAAUUGACCCAAAAAGAUUUGAAGUAUUUAAAGAUAUAUACGUACGUGAUCUGAAAAAUCGCCAUGCUAAUCUUAUUGCACAAAUACUGUCAACCAAUAUGACAGAGAUUACUACUGAUCGCGUUUGGACUGAUGAAGAGCUCAUACAAACUGUCGAUGACUUGACUGUCAGUAAUGUCUCCCAAUUUAAGGAUCAAUUUGUGUCCCGUUUUCACAUCGAGGCCUUUAUCUAUGGAAAUGUACUUAAAAGUGAAACCAUCGAUGUUUGCGGUGCAUUUGAAGAGAAAUUCAAGUCUCAGCUCAAGACUAAACCCAUCGCUCUUUCGCAACACUUCUUGAAUCGUGAGAUCCAUUUGACUGAAGGAUCCGAUUAUGUGUUUGAGACCAAGACUUCAGUCCAUAAAACAAAUGGCAUUCAAACCUAUUAUCAAAUCGGAGUCAGAGAUACGAAGACUAAUCCAUUGAUAGGACUAUUGCAACAAAUACUGAAACAACCAUUUUCUGACAAAUUACGGACAAAACAGCAAUUGGGUUAUGUUGUCUGGGCAUACAUUAGAGGGGCUAACGGUGUUUGCGGCAUGAGUUUUCUCAUUGAAUCGGAUUAUAAGCCGAGUUUUCUAAACGAGAGAAUCGAGGCUUACAUUCAAUGGAUUCACAAAUAUAUUGAAGACAUGAAUGAAACUGAUUUCGAGACUCAAAGACAGGCAUUGAUUACCAGAAAACUCGUGAAACCAAAGAAUUUAUGGGAUAAAUGCUGGACUCUUUGGGCUGAAGUCAUGUCCAAAGAGUAUAAUUUCAAUCGAGAGGAGAUUGAAGUGAAGGCUAUUAAAGAGAUUACAAAACAAGACAUCAUUGACUUUAUGAAGAAACAUUUGUCCCACGACUCCCCCGAUCGCUGCAAACUGACUGUCAGUAUAGUAACUGAUAAUCCAAUUAAUGAAAAGGAUGGAAAAGAUUGUAACACCGAUGAUAUGCCGACACCAACNACCAUUAGCCACUCUAGUGGUAGCGCUGACGACAUAACCCAACUGUUGUUUAGUUCUCAAUGUAUCAAAAAAUGGUUGUUUCAUCUUGCUCUCAAAGACAUAAUCGGAUCCUUCAGUCAAAUGGAUCUCACGAUUCAAGAAGUGCUGCGAAAGAGCGAUGGGUUUAGUCUUGAGCUGAGACUUGAAUUUUACAUUUCCAUAGAUAAAGCUCUCGAUAUGAAAACGGGACAGAAAUUGAUCCCUAAAUUGAGUGAUAUUAGCGACAGUCAAGUCAUCGACGUAAUGCCUGUGAGACCUGAGCUCAUGCUAAACCAAAGCCCAGCCAUUUCUGCCGCAUAUAAGUACUCAUUGACUGAAUCCCGGAAUAAUCGGGUGAAGAGUUGGGCCAUGUUUUCAUUGAGCGGAUUGUCAGAUACAAUGGGACUAUAG